ACGUGAUAUAUCAUAGAAAAUUAUAUAAAGACUAGUGUGAUCCGAAUGAAGCCUUUAGUCUGUUGCUGUCUUUGAUACGGAGUAGUUGGAUACAGAUCGUUGAUCGAUAGAUUAUAACUGCGCGAACUUCCAUUUAUAUUUUUUAAAUCAUUUUAUUAAAUAUUACAUUUUAGUAAAAAUCGUAAAAAACAGAUUUAUGCAAAUUUGUUAUAUGCAAUUAUAGUUUUAAUCGGACAACUCGUUUUAAUUAAAAAAAAAAAUAUAUAUAUAUAUAUAUAAACAGAAUUUUUUAUAUGAAAAAUUGUAAUAUUUUUUUUUAAAUUUAAUAUAUAAAAUGACGGGAAUAUUUAAUCGUUUUUUCGGAUUUUGGACAAAUGACUCUAAAAUUGACGAAGCUACAGGACUUACGGAAAGACAAAAGAGACUUGUACAGAAUACGUGGGCUAUUAUAAAGAAAGAUCAAGUUGCAUCCGGCUGUGCUGUAAUGUUGGCCUAUUUCAAGAAAUAUCCGGAACAUCAGCGAAGUUUCCCAGCAUUCAAAGAUAUGCCAAUAGAUCAACUAAAUAAUAAUAAAAAAUUUCAAGCUCAUUGCGCAGGUAUAAUAGCUACAAUAAGUACCGUCAUCGACUCUUUACAAGAUGCUGAACUAUUAGUAGCAAACAUAGUUGUUUUUGCCGAAAGACAUAGGAAACGUGGUCAGACAAUAAAGUCGUUUGAGGAUUUAAAACCGGUAAUAGCGGAAGUUCUUCGAGAAGCUUUAGGAAAACAGUUCACUUCGGAAGUAGAGGAAGCAUGGAAUAAAACACUGGAUGUUUUCUUUUCGAAAAUAUAUGAAGUUUUGGGUUAAAAAGAAAUUUUUCUUUUAAAGCAAAAAAUAUAUAUUUUUAAUAUUAUAAAAAAUAUUACAUUCCUUGCAUGCGUUUUAUGGAAGUUUAUAAUAUAUAUCUAACGAAACUUUCCUGAAAUAUAUAUAUAUAUAUGUAUAUAUAUAUAUAUAUAUAUAUAUAUACACAUACAUACAUACAUACAUAUAAAUGAACCACAUUUUAAGAUUUUAAUCUGUCGGGAUUUAAUUUAUAACGAGAUGAAUUGUUAUUUAAAAAAUCAUGUUUAUUAACUUUCUUUAUCCAUUUUCUGUUGCAUUCUUGGUGAAUAUAAAAUUACAAUAGUUUAUCUCUGAUCAGUCAUUCGUGCUUAUAAAUUAGAUAUAAUAAUCUGUAACAUUGAUUAAUUACAAAAACAAUAAAGGAUUAUUUGUCUAAUUGUAAGAGCAGUUAUAAGAUUACUAUCGCUUUAUUUUACAGUCUGCUAUUAAUGACAGUCAAGAAAAAUUGAUAAGGUUUUAUGCAUCAUGAAUCACUUUCAUUACAUGUGUUACUUGUAUGAAAUUUUAAAUAAAUUAGUUUUUUGUGCUUAUGAUUA